GGUGGCGCGCCAUUUCAACAGUCAGACAGUGUGGUUGUCGAGCUUUUAUUUAGGGUAGAGAUUUCUCGAAGCUGAAAAGUGAAAGUGAAUCAUGGAUCUUGAGUACUCUAUAACACCCCCAAUGUCUCCUUGUGGUGGGGAUGACAUUGAACUUGAGCAGCAUGAUGUUGACCAUCAGCCGACAUUGUCGCUGGAAAGAUUCAGACAAGACUCCACCCAGUGUCUGGCUUGUAUUGAAUGUUUCCGAAGUAACUUGAGAGACAAGUCAUCUACUGCUUCAACAUUGAACAGAGUUCAUCUGGGCAAAGAUCCAUGUCCAGCCUUGUACCAAGAUGGCACCUGCGAACUGUUUGGACACACCUAUGUCACUGGAGUAGCAUUACUUGAUUCAACAGAGCACCUCUUUAAUCUGGCAAAACACUACUUAACAAAGAUACAGAGUCUACUCGGCCAGGGCAGCAACUGGUCACUCUUGGAUCCGAUUGUGAGUGAAGCAAAGAGACUCCAUAAUCAUGUGAUGGGCUUCAUGGAGUAUGUUCAGGUGUUUGUGCACAGAUUCUUUAGUCCCCUGGAACCAAACCAGACCCCGUCCAUCUUCACCCAGAGGAUCACAGGCUUCCCAGCUCUGCUCUUGGCUAAUCUCAGUACGCUGUCAUUGUUUAAUGGCAGAGUCAGCGAGUUGCACCCAGGGAUCUUACAGCAUAGUGCGGCUGCUGUGCCUAGACAGGAUUCUACUGGAAGUCUUUUGUAUCAUAUCAACCUAUGCAUUCAGUGGAGCGUCGUCCAAGUGCUACAUGUACUUCAUAGUAAACUCAGAGAAACACCAGGAGAACAAGAAGUUGUCACCACACUUAAUGAGAAAUCUCAGGCGCUCCUUCAAGAUCUACUCUGCAUAGCGACAGUCAAGUACAACAAGCUUGGUUUGCACGACCAUCAUCAGCAUGGUCAUUUCAUUGAUGGAUGUCUGCGUGAUCUCUGGAUUGCAUUCAUACAGUUCCUGGAUUACAGACAUGUGCAAUAUUCAACAGAUUCAUUCUGGUGCAAUUUCCAUGCGGCUGUCACACCCUUCUUGGAUGCUUCCAGCGUCGGUACGACCCUUGACCCAUAUGAGGAGGGGUCACAACCUAUGCCCAAAGACCCCAUUGGACUGUGCUGGUGGUUGCUACAUAAUGUAGCACCUUUAUAUCAGUACAACAUGGAUGGCCAGCUGUCAAGCAGUAACCAGGGAAAACCCAUCAGAAGUUAUUGGCUUCUGGUUGAAGACCUGCUUAAAAUAAUGUUUGCACCUAAUGGUACCCUACCCGAUGAAGGACAUAUGCAGAGCUUUCUGAAGUCUAGCCUGGUUUUGUCUCAUUUGUGGGAGCCCAAAGGAUCUGUGCUGACCCUGCUGUGGGGACACUUCUACAAACGUCUGAAUAGCAAAUUGGUGAUUCCAGGCCAAGGUUUGGGGAAUUUUGCUACAAUAUGCAAAUCAGCAAGUUCUUGGUAUGACCAAUGUAAGCAGAGAGUGUCUGACCACACUGGAAGCCGUCAUCAAGAAAACAGUUCACAACUGUUUCUGCGCAUUCUAGCAACGCAUCUGAAACAGAUGAAGGAUGCAGGAUGGCGACAGCUCCAAGGAAGAUUUUACUCCAAGUUCCACGGAAGGAGUAUGAAAGAACUGGAUGAAACCGGUUUAAACCGCUUCCUGAACUUGUUCAUGACCCUUGCCCUCGUUACUGAUCUCUCUGCUGUGUCUGGUCGCAUGUUGGACUUUCUUGAUCUACUUCCAACAGACACCUUGUCCAACGGCAAAGUCCGACUCAUAUGGAGAGGUUUGUUUACACUGUGUCUUGUACAUGAAGAGCAGGGAUGUGACUUGGGUGUCAUUGCUGAUAGACUGGUACAAGGGUUCAACUCUGUGUGCAUGGAAAUGAGCAACAAAUCUCUGGACAGCAGUAGGAAGAGUCAACUCUGGGGAUUGAUACUGAGUUACAUUGAGUCUACACAGGAAGUGUUUGAUGCUAGCAACAAGCUCAGUUUAUCAGAAGAAAAGCUCAUCGGGUGUGGCUUAAGGAGUUUGCUGGAUGCAUCAUCUGAUCAUGAGAUGCGAACACUCUUAACAUUCACACAGACAAUCAUGGCCAGGCACAGAAUUUUGUACAAGCAAACAUUAAUGCAGAGGUCGGCAUCUAACAUUGCUGCUGAGACGUCCACAGAUAACGAUCUGUUGAUGCAGAAGUACAAAGGACUUGCUCAGCUUCUGUGGGACAAUGUUUAUCCAUUCAUCAAGAAACAUGCCACAACUCAGACUCCACCGUUGGAGCUUGCAGAUGUAGCCACUGGCUUCACUCUGCUGGCCACAGACUUAAAGUUCCCUGAAAUACCAGAUCAGACACAAGUACAUCCAACGCCAAUGGAGUUAUUUCAGUACUUUGGUGUGGAUAACCCUAAAGUCCAUCACAGCAUCACUGUGCGGUAUCUCUGCCAUCUUCUGCCGAACCAAUCCUUCACAGAGAAACUCCAGGCUGGAGUUGGCCGGGCCAAGUGGUCUUCAGCUCUGGUUCAUGCCUGGCUACGAUGUGGUCUGCACAGUCCGCAGCCCAGUCAUCAGAUGCAAGAACUGACCAGACUUGUGUACAAGCUGGAAGAUGUGUCAGCUAUCAUUAAUAGUCAGUCACAUGACUCUACCAAUGUGAUGGAUGGCACAGGGAACCAGCAUAAACACAGCAUGUUACAAUUCAUAAAAGCUCUCGGUUACCACUUCAACUCUGCACAAGGAUUCCAAGAACGCUUGCAGAAGAGACAAACCAUUCUGUCGUACUUUGGUGACCUGGUCGAGUUGAUUCAACCCAUGAUUCGAACCAUGAGGUCAGCAGUUGACCUCCUCUGGAUCUAUAAGGUCAUAGGUCAUAUUGUCAAGUAUUGUGCGAGUGUUCUUUAUGUAAAGGGCAAAUCACAGUCACAACUUCCAGGCAUUCUGACUGAGCUUGUACUCCCACCGGCGCUGUUCAACCCUAAGAAGAGUCUACCACCACCCAUGCUGUCUGCCAUCAGGGAGACAUUACAUCUGUUUAUGGAGGGACUGGCUAGUCUUGAUUUGCAGCGAGAUGACUUCAUCCAACGCAAGCUACAUGAGUUGGUGCAGCAGUAUUUCCUACGAUUCCAAGGGCAGAAAGCUUCUUCAUUAAUGGCUGGUCCAUCCUCGGCAGUCUCAACGCCAAAUCACCCCAUUAUGGUAUCAUUGCAUAAAUCCUGCUCCAGGCAGCUCCAUCCACAAAUCAGUAUGCUGAGAGGCUUAGCCCUGAAGGUAAUACGGCAGCACUAUCUUGCCUACCAUGGCCAGCAGCCUCCUAGUCAUUUACCUUACACCAUGGCCUUCCUACAAGAACUCAUCAGACGUACUUACAAUCCACAGCAGGUCGUCAGAGAUGCUGUGGUGUUACUAGCCACAGUACUAGAGUAUCUUCUUCUUUGUGAUGUGGCAUCAGUCAAGAAAACCAUGUCGUCUCUACUAGCCGCCAUGAUGGAUGCAUGCAAGAAGGAUACACCUCCUAAUCUACAGUCCGAGCUGUUGAGCAUCCUUCGGAGCUUCCUCUCCCGGCAUCUCAGGAUUCAUCAAGCCUCAACUCUACAUAGCCUGGAGACAGUGGCUGUGCUUCAUCCGCAGCUCAUUAAAGCAUUCACCGGUGACUGUUCCAAGCUAGUUGUAGAGUGUGAGCACUGGAGAGGGGUCGGAACUGACAAGACUCUCAGGCAAGCGUACUGCAGUGUAUUAAGUCAUCUUGGAGCCGAAGGUCAAGCGGUCAUCACAAGAAUCCAAAAUGGAGACACUCUUCUACCAAGCUGAUCCAAGGCACUCGGACUUA